AUGUCCGAGGGCAUCACCGUCACCGGCGCUGAGGAGUACCCGGUCUUCGAGUCGUUCGACGACUACGACCUCAACGAGAACCUCCUCCGCGGCAUCUACUCCUACGGCUUCGAGAAGCCCAGCGCCAUCCAGCAGCGCGGGAUCAAACCCAUCCUCGACGGCCGCGACACGAUCGGCCAGGCGCAGUCCGGGACGGGCAAGACCGCGACCUUCGUGAUCGGAGUGUUGCAAAGGAUCGACUACAACCUGAAGGCGUGCCAGGGCCUGAUCCUCGCGCCGACGCGUGAGCUGGCCAACCAGAUCCAGAAGGUCGCUCUGGCCCUCGGCGAUUACAACAACGUCCGGUGCCACGCCUGCAUCGGCGGCACGUCGGUGCGCGACGACAUGGACAAGCUGCGCGACGGGCAGCACAUUAUCGUGGGCACCCCUGGCCGCGUGUUCGAUAUGAUCGGAAAGCGGUACCUGCGGGUUGACGACCUGAUCACGUUCGUCCUCGACGAGGCGGACGAGAUGUUGUCGCGCGGCUUCAAGGAUCAGAUCUACGACAUCUUCAAGACGCUGCCCCCGAACGUCCAGGUGUGCCUCUUCUCCGCCACCAUGGCGCCCGAGAUUCUGGACCUGACCACCAAGUUCAUGCGCGACGCCGUGCGUAUAUUGGUGAAGAAGGACGAGCUGACGCUCGAGGGUAUCAGGCAGUUCUACGUCGCCAUCGAGAAGGAGGAGUGGAAGUUGGACACCCUCUGCGACCUCUACGAGACCCUGACUAUCACACAGGCGAUCAUCUACUGCAACACUCGCCGCAAGGUGGACUUCCUCGCGGACCAGUUGUCAAAGCGCGACUUCACAAUCUCAACGAUGCACGCUGAGCUGGACCAGAAGGAGCGCGACCUGGUCAUGCGCGAGUUCCGCUCCGGCUCCUCCCGCGUGCUCAUAUCCACCGACCUGCUCGCGCGCGGCAUCGACGUGCAGCAGGUGUCUCUCGUGAUCAAUUUUGACCUCCCUCAGAACAUGGAGAAUUACCUGCACCGCAUCGGUCGUAGCGGGCGGUUCGGCCGAAAGGGCGUCGCCAUCAACUUUGUGACGAACAAUGAUGUCCGGACGAUGAAGGACAUCGAGCGCUAUUACCACACGCAGAUUGAGGAGAUGCCCAUGGACAUCGCGGAUCUCAUCUGA